AUGCGGAAGCACCCGCAGUUCAGUGCUGUGACAGAGACAGAGGCACACGUCUUCUUCUGGAAGCCUCUCAGUGCGUUUGAUCAGUGGUCACCGUGCCGCUUCGAAGUCGAUGGGCAGUGGUACAACUGCGCCGAGCAGUACAUGAUGUCAGAGAAGGCGCAGCUGUUUGGGGACAUGCAUACGCGCGCCAAGAUCCUCACUGAGCUCGACCCGGCAGUGCAGAAGAGGCUGGCGAGCGCCAAGGGUACACUACGAAACUUCGACGAGUCCACGUGGGAGAGAGAGUCCUUGCGCAUCGUGACGGCAGGCAACCGGGCCAAAUUCGAACAGAAUGCCGAGCUCAAGGCCGUGUUGCUCGCCACAGCAGGCAAGCUCCUCGUGGAGGCGAGCCCGAUGGAUGCCAUCUGGGGGAUCGGGCUUGGGGUUCAGGAGGCACUGGAACGAGAUCCCGCCACGUGGCCGGGAAAGAACCUACUUGGACAGGCGUUGAUGCUCGUGCGGGAGCAGCUCCUCCGCGGAGCCCCAUAG